AUGGUAGCUCCAAUAUUAGUAGUAGGCAUAGUUAAAGCUAUUCCAAAAGAUCGGAUUGAAUAUCACAAGAAAAGAAACAGAAAAAAACAAGAUGAAAUUGACAAACUAAACAAAAAAGUUGAACUCGAACAAGAAGAAAAGACCAAAUUAGCUCAACAAAAACAAAACACUGAUGACCCUGCUGAGAAAAGAGAUGAAAAAGUUGAUAAUAUUUACCAAGGAUUUGAUGACAAUUUAAGUCAAGAACAAUUUGUAGCUGAGUCUAAUUCUAUUAAUUGA